AUGUCUUCAUCAUCUCCACCACCGCAACCACCACCAUCGCCGCCCACGGCGUCGGCGGCCUCAGACAAAGUUAAAAAACCCAAGUCUAUCCAGAUCCGUUCGGUCUGGUCCAGUAACCUAGUGUCCGAGUUCGAUUUCAUCCGCAGCGUCAUCGACCGGUUCCCAUACAUCUCAAUGGACACCGAGUUCCCUGGCGUUCUCCACCGACACGAUCCUCGUAAAGGCAACCCCAUCGAGAAUUACAAGGCUCUCAAGUUGAACGUUGACGCUCUCAAGCUGAUUCAAGUCGGCAUCACCCUCUCCGAUUCCCAAGGCAACUUCCCCGAUCUAGGCUCCCCUGAUUACUGCUACAUCUGGGAGUUUAACCUCUCCGAUUUCGAUGUCGCGCGUGACCAGUACGCUCCGGGUUCCAUCGACCUCUUGCGCCACGCCGGCAUCGAUUUCGAUAAGACCCGGUCGGACGGUGUGGAGAUAUCUCGAUUCGCCGAGUAUAUGAUGUCUUCCGGUCUGGUUUGCAACGAUAACGUGUCCUACGUCACCUUCCACAGUGCGUACGAUUUCGGGUACCUGAUCAAGGCUCUAACCGGCCGGGUCCUGCCUGAUACACUUGAGGAUUUCAUGGACCUGCUCAGAGUGUUCUUUGGGGACAGGGUUUAUGACUUGAAGCACAUCAUGCAGUUCUGUAACGGCCUUCACGGUGGGUUGGACCGGAUGUCAAGCACCCUAGAGGUUGCCAGGGCUGCUGGAAAAUCGCACCAGUCAGGAUCAGAUAGCCUGCUCACAUGGCACUCGUUUCAGAGGAUUAAGGAGGUGUUUUUUUGUGGCGGUGAGGGACUGCCGGUUAAAUAUGCCGGCGUUCUGUUUGGGUUGGAGGUCAAAUCUUCUGUUUCUUAG